GUCCUGAUGUGUUAGAGUCGAUUCGUUUGGGUGUUAGGUUCGUAUCGUUAGUAGACUGUUAGGUCGUACUACCGGUUAUAGCAAAUUGGCAACGGGUAUAUUUCGAAAUGGACCUAUCAGGCUUGGAGAAACCGAUGGAGCAGCAGCUUAAAAUGAUGGAGUUACUUCCUGACUUACGGAUAUCUUCCCCAGUCGAUUCAUCUCCAGCCAAUGACAACGUCGGUAGCAGUAUCUCUGAAUUCGUCUGUGACCCAGAUUCAAAUGUAAAGUUCGAUACAUGGUUUCGUAGAUAUGAAAACUUGUUCAAAGAAGACUUUGCAAACAGAGACGACGCAUGGAGGAUUGGUCGGACUGUCGUCGAGACAGUAAAAAGCUCUCUUCCAACGGUCUGUCUUCUCUUCUUGUCUACCGACUAUAACAUAAUGUCAUUUCAGGUGCAAAACACUUUGGAAAGUAGAAAUUAAACUUCCCUACUCUGAGACCCCACUUCGACCUUUUAUUUUAUCUACGGGGUGAUGAGAAGCACACAAUAAAUUCGUUGUAGCCCUGAAGAUGAAAUAAAUCGCUAGAAAUAUUUAGAACCAAUCAGAUUUAGUCGUUAGUGUCGAGAAAAUCAUACUAUCAUACUUGUAAG